GUCCCCGACUUACAACGCGUCCAGGCGAGGAUCCAGGACGUCGUGCGCGUGUUACAGGACUUCAAGUCGCGCAGAGAGGAAGGAAGGUCGCGAGGGGAGUACGUCGACCGUCUCGUCGCGGACCUCGCGACGUAUUACGGCUACAACACGUUUCUCACGAGGUACUUCAUCGAGACGUUUUCAGUCGCGGAGACGAUGGAGCUUCUGGAAGCGAACGAGACGCAACGACCGGUGACGCUGCGGACGAACACCCUGAAGUGCCGCCGCCGCGAGCUCGCGGCGGCGCUCAUCAACCGCGGCGUGAACUUGGACCCGAUCGGGAAGUGGAGCAAGGUGGGUCUCCUCGUGUACGACAGCCGCGUUCCCAUCGGCGCGACGCCGGAGUACAUGGCGGGGCACUACAUGCUUCAGUCGGCGUCGAGUUUUUUGCCGUGCAUGGCGCUCGCGCCGCAAGACGGCGAGAGAGUGCUCGACAUGGCCGCCGCGCCCGGAGGAAAGACCACGUACGUCGCCGCGCUGAUGCGCAACACCGGGCAGAUCUUCGCGAACGAAUUUCAAAAGAAACGGCUGUCGAGCCUCGUCGCUAACUUGCAACGCAUGGGGUGCACGAACGCCGUGGUGUGUAACUACGACGGGAGACAGCUCCCGAAAGUCUUGGGACGCGUCGAUCGCGUGUUGCUCGACGCGCCGUGCAGCGGCACGGGCGUCAUCGCGAAGGACAGCAGCGUCAAGGUGAGCAAGAGCGAGGCGGACAUCGCGAAGUGCGCGCACCUGCAGAAGGAGCUGCUCGUCGCCGCGGUGGACUGCUGCGACGCGACGUCAAAAACCGGCGGAUACGUCGUGUAUUCGACGUGUUCAGUGACGGUUGAAGAGAACGAAGCCGUCGUGGAUUAUCUCCUGAAGAAGCGCGACGUCAAGCUGGUAUCGACGGGCUUGGAGUUUGGCAGGGAAGCGUUCGCGAGCUACCGCGGGAAGAACUUUCACCCGAGCGUGACCAAGGCGCGUCGGUUUUACCCGCACGUGCACAACAUGGACGGCUUCUUCGUGGCGAAGAUUAAA